AGCAAAGGUUCAUAGACAUUCCCGUCAUCCCUGACAUCGUCCUGCUCCCCACAACACACAACAUUUCGAACACACAAGUACAACACACAUUAAAUUAAUUUUGUAGAAGUACUGCUCCUAUUGAAGCCAUAUUAUGGCCUUGGAGGACGUUUGUGGCAUGAACAAAGUGCCCUUUAUGAUGCGGUUCGACGAACGGCAGUCCAUGUGGCAGCAGGAGCAGCUCCGCACGGCGACCAGCAACUUUGAGAAUCCCUACUGCCUGAUGGCACCCCCCUUCGAAAGGCCCGCCGAGAACCUGCCAAAGAUCUUGGCGCACUGCGGAGUAAACAUGGACUUUGCCCAUGGCACCACCACACUGGGCUUCAAGUUCCAGGGCGGGGUGAUCCUCUGCGCCGACUCAAGAGCCACCUCCGGCCAGUACAUCGGCUCCCAGACCAUGAAGAAGAUUGUGGAGCUGAACGAUUACAUGCUCGGCACCCUGGCAGGCGGAGCGGCGGACUGCGUCUACUGGGACAGGGUGCUGGCGAAGGAGUGCCGGCUGCACCAGCUGCGGUACCGAAAGCGCAUGACCGUGGACACGGCGGCCAGGAUAAUCUGCAACAUCUCCAACGAGUACAAGGGCAUGGGUCUGGUGAUGGGCAUGAUGCUGGCCGGAUACGACGAUGAGGGCCCGAAGCUCAUCUACGUGGACUCCGAGGGCAUGAAGUCGAGCGGCCUCGUCUUCUCCGUGGGCAGUGGUUCGCCGUACGCCCUGGGGGUUCUGGACACCGGCUACCGCUACGACCUGACCGACCAGGAGGCCUACGACCUGGCCAAGCGGGCCAUCUACCACGCCACCAGCAAGGACGCCUACUCCGGCGGCAUCGUCCGGCUGUACCACAUCAACGCCGAGGGCUGGCGGAACAUCUGCAACACGGACUGUGCGGAUCUCCACGACUUCUACUGUGCGGCAAUGCAUGACAAGAAGAAGGACGGCCAGAACGGGGAUGCCGGCGACCAGGAGCUGCCCUGCGGCAGUGGCUGGACCAGCCGGAAGCUGCCCGAGGACAAUGUCCAGACGAAACUGGCCUCUGUGUGAGGAUUACAGGGUAUUAGUCAUAUUUAAAUGGGUGUUUUUGAAGUCUGUCCCAGAAAAGAGCAAAGAUUCGUGUGUAAUAUUUGUGAAAUUUUUAAAAUUGAGUGUGAAUUCGGUUUAAAUACUUUUUGGCCGAACUGUGUGCAACCCUAAUCCCCAAAAUUUUCGGUCCUCCCAUCAAAAGCACAAAAUCACUCUAAACUUUUCCUUAACUUGUAUUAAAAAUACAUAUGUGCGUGUAUGGGAAAAAUAA